AUAAUACUCCGCUAGAGUUGCGUGCUAUCAUUCGCGCUUUGAGUUUUGUUGAUCAAACUUCUGUUAUCAAACAUCGAUAAAUAUUAUUAGCAUUUUGGUUCGGUUCGUAUACUAAAAUUAAACUUACAAUGAGCGAAGAAUUCCACGAUAUUGUCCAAGAUGUCGCACGCAAAGAAGACAUCAAAAACGCCAAACUGGCACUGCAGUCAUCGAGCAACAAAGGCGAUGGUUACCUUGGAAUGGUCAAAUUCGGACAAAUCGUUGGCACCAACAAGACCUUGGACGUAGUUUUGAAGUGUUCGCAUCGUAAUCCGAAAAAAUUCGAGGACUUCAUACAUAAGAUCUACCUCAAUGAAAUCCACUUCUACGAGAGAAUCGCACCAACUUUCCAAAAGUUCCAAGAUGAGCAUCAAGUUUCGCAACCAUGGGACAACACUGCGAAAUUCUACGGUGCCAUCGAUGAAGAGCACAAAGAAACGUUGGUGUUGGGAAACCUCAAAAGCAAUGGCUACGACAUGUGGGACCGGAAACAACUGAUGAAUGAAGCUCAUCUAAAAUGUGCGUUGAAAACAUUUGCAAAGUUUCACGGCACAUCUUAUGCUAUGCAAAAGUUAAGACCUGAUUUAUACAAAGAGAUUACUGGGACGAUGAGUCAUGAUUUGUUCUACGAAGUCAUCGAUAUAAUGAACUUUCUAACACAAGUCAAAACUAUGAUUACUGACAUUGCAAAGGUCAUUUUCGACCCUGAAGAAGAGAAGACUUACCUAGAUGUAACAAAUAAAUUUGCCGCUACUGCUGAUGAACACAUCAAAGCUGUAUUUAAUUAUCACGCCAAUGAUGUUAUCCUCCAAGGUGAUUGUUGGUGUUCCAAUGCAUUGUAUCAUUACGCAGAUAUGUCAAACCGAACAGAACCACAAAGUAUGAAAAUGUUGGACUUCCAGUUGGCGAAAUUGGGUUCGCCAGCGAUGGAUUUAUCCUACUUUUUCUACGCGGCUGCUUCAAAGGAGUGCUUUGAUAGAUUAGAUUACUUCUUAAAGUUUUAUCAUGAUUGUUUGUCGGACCAUCUGGCGGAGUUUAAUCUGAAAGCGGCGGACGUGUUGACAUUUGAUCAGUUGAUGGAACACUGGAAGCAAGUAUCCAAAUUUGGGUUGAUAUUGACCUUCGGUGUGAGGAAGGUGAUGUUUGUAGAAAGUCAGGAUGCACCUGAUUUUACUGAAUCCCCGGAAGAUUUCCUUGAUAAGAUGAAGAUGUCUCCUGAAUUGGAAAAUUUGUAUCAUCAGCAAAUUAAGGAGCUUAUUGUUCAUUUUAUUGACCGCAAACUAAUUUAAUAAUUGCAAUGAUUUGGCAACAUUUCAAGUUAUGUGUAUGUAGUACUAUGUAAUUUGUUAUCUUAUCUAUGCGAUAUAUUUAGGCGGUUGUUUGAUAAAUUUGUGAUUUGUUAUAAAAAUAUUCCAUUAUAUUUAUGUAAUAAUGAUAGUGAUAAUUAAAUAUUCUUUCUACUUCCA